GUGUCCCGGCAGAGGCUGAGCUGUAGCAUGCAGGCGGAGGAGGGCACGGACUGGCUGCUGGAGCGGCUCACCGAGCUGCAGCUGCAGCAGUACUUCCUGCGCAUCCGGGACGAGCUCAAUGUCACCCGCCUCUCCCACUUCGAGUACGUCAAAAAUGAGGAUUUGGAGAAGAUCGGCAUGGGACGGCCCGGCCAGCGGCGGCUGUGGGAGGCGGUGAAGCGGAGGAAAGCCAUGUGCAAGAGGAAAUCCUGGAUGAGCAAGGUGUUCAGCGGGAAGCGCCCUGAGUCGGAGCUGCCACCCCAACCCCAGAGCACCUUCCGCAAGCCCCCCACGCCACCGCCCCCCGAAGCUGGGGGCCAGCACUCCCUCACCUGCCUCGUGCGGGAGCGGGACCUCUCGCUCUUUGAGAAGCUGGGCGACGGCUCCUUCGGCGUUGUGCGUCGCGGCGAGUGGUGCACGCCCGCCGGCAAGAUGGUGAACGUGGCAGUGAAGUGCCUCAAGACGGACGUGCUGAGCCAGCCGGAGGCACUGGACGACUUCAUCCGGGAGGUGAACGCCAUGCAUUCCCUGGACCACAGGAACCUCAUCCGCCUCUACGGUGUGGUGCUCUCCCACCCCAUGAAGAUGGUGACAGAGCUGGCCCCGCUGGGCUCCCUCCUGGAUCGCCUGCGGAAGAACCAGGGCCAUUUCCUCAUCUCCACCCUCUGCCAGUACGCCAUCCAGGUGGCCAAGGGCAUGGCUUACCUGGAGUCCAAGCGCUUCAUCCACCGUGACCUGGCUGCCCGCAACAUCCUGCUGGCCUCCAACGAGCUGGUCAAGAUCGGGGACUUUGGGCUGAUGCGGGCCCUGCCCAAAAAUGACGACCACUACGUGAUGCAGGAGCAUCGCAAGGUCCCCUUUGCCUGGUGUGCUCCUGAGAGCCUGAAGACACGCACCUUCUCCCAUGCCAGCGACACUUGGAUGUUCGGGGUGACUCUCUGGGAGAUGUUUACCUAUGGGCAGGAGCCCUGGAUUGGCCUCAAUGGCAGCCAGAUCCUGCACAAGAUAGACAAGGAGGGCGAGCGGCUGCCGCGGCCUGAGGACUGUCCCCAGGACGUCUACAAUGUCAUGCUGCAGUGCUGGGCACACAAGCCUGAGGACCGACCCACCUUCGUGGCCCUGCGGGACUUCUUGGUGGAGGCCCAGCCCACUGACAUGAGGGCUCUGCAGGACUUCGAGGAGCCUGACAAGCUGCACAUUGAGAUGAACGACAUCAUCACGGUCAUCGAGGGCAG